AUGUGUGCGAGCGAGAGGGGCGAUAUGGAGAGCCCGGGCGAGGAAACGGGACGAGGCGCUCCCCCCGCGUCGCACACCCCCGCCGCAGCGCAACCGAACGGCUCCAAUAAGAUCAUCGGACGAAACGUGAAUGGAACCACGGCAGACGGCCCGGAGCCGGUCCUCGGUUACGAGAGCGCUUUAAGGGUAUCCGACGAUAAACCACUGGGGCAUUGUCGCACUAAUUCGGUAGUGUACGGGCGCGGGGCGACGACGCUUUUGGCGCGCUUCUCGUCGUUCCCGCCAAAUCGU